AUGGAAGCUUCUGCGCUGGUGAUAUGGCUGCAUGGAUUGCAAUCCUGUGCUUGUCACAUCCAGCAGCUACUUAUCGCAACCAGGAUUCGGUACCAUUUCCCCUGGGUCAAAUGGCUGUUGCCAGAAUCAGAGAUUGGAGAAUUGACGAUGCUUCCUCAAAAGAGACUCAAGCGUUGGUUCGAUUUGCAUCGACAGCCUAUCAUUGACGGAGAGGAACAUGCGGGCAUGCAGGAGGCUAUCGACCGUAUCCACAGCUUGCUACAAGCAGCUGUAGAUCGAGGAUUUCCUCCGGAGCGCAUUGUACUCUGCGGUUUCAGCCAAGGAGGAGCGUUGGCGUUGCAAGCUGGCCUCUCCUUCCCUCACACUUUGGCUGGCAUUUGUUCUGUCGCUGGAUGGCUAUCUUCAGGGAUGCCGGCAGCUGAGGCAGCUGAAAGGUGGGAGAUGCCCAUUUUGAUGUGCCAUGGAUUUGAUGAUUCCAUGGUUCCCAUUGAAGUGGCUCGAAGCAGCUGCAAAGCCUUGGCAGCUUUGGGCUACAAGAAGGUGAAUUUGAUUACUUUCAAAGGAUUGAGACAUCAGUUGAGCACCUUGCAAUUUGAAGACAUCAUGGACUUCUAUCGGCAGCUGCUUCCACAAAGACUGGAAGAACCCUGCCCAGUAGUCUCGAUUCCGCGGCCAACUGGGUGCAUUGUUUGGAUGCACGAUGCUAGCAUUGCCGGAGAUGUAGACGAGCACAUUUUAGUUGGAAGGCUGCAUCAGUGCCUGCCUGAUGUGCAAUUGAUUCUUCAACGGGUGCCUCCAUGCCGCGAGGGCAAGAGCUUUGGAAGGACAUUGCUGGAUGAAAUCACAGAGCAACUCCGAAAGGCCAGCGCGGGAGGAUGGCCAUUGUCCUCGGUGAUUCUGGGUGGUUUCGGUGCCGGUGGCACUGCUGCGCUGCUUGGAUUGCUCUUCCCACAGCUUGCUGGGCUUGUGUCAUGUUCAGGUUUCCUGGCAGAUUGCUUCCCUGAGCAACAAGCUGAGUCUGGAAGUGACCAGCUCAUCCUCUUGACGCAUGGAGUGGAGGACAAGAUCGUUCCAAUCGCUUCAGCUCGACAACAACGAGAAGCUCUAGGCUCUUAUGGUUAUCGAGGAGUGUCCUUCAGCGCCUUUCAAGAUCUGGGGCAUCAUUUCUCUGUCGAAGUUUGGGACAAUGUCAUUGAAUUCGCAGAGAUCGCCUUGGAUCGCGAAAAUCAAAUACUACAGGAUCCCUACACCGACGGCCGACGGGGCCUUCCAUUCCUUAUUGAAAUUGACCAGCGCUUGGGGCUUCGUGUACAUGACAUCAUUCUGUGCAAAGGCCUCUUUCUGCUGUUGGACAUUGAUGAUCAAGGAUUCAUCGACGUGGAGGAGUUUAUAGCUGGGUGUUGCAGAAUUCAUGGCCCAGCCAAGGCUAUCGAUCUGACGACUUUGAUGUGCCAGGUUCGGAAGUUGCAUAUGGAGCUCCGUGACCAUGCGCAGUGGGUUGUGGAAUGCCUGUCAACAGCUGGAUUUGUGAAUAGUAUGUACGGAGGCUCACCCAAAAACCGCAGGGCACCCAGCUUCGGUUUGACGGCACACCCAGAGAAUGCCAUGGAGGCCAUUUCACAUCAUUUCGCUUUGCCGCUUUGCCUUUGCAAUUUGAAUCUGCUUGCGGAGCAGCGUGAGCACCUGUUUUUCUUGGGCUAA